GGAGAGGGACCGGGAUUGUGUGUGUAGACGAGGCGACGACGGGUGAAAACAUGAGGAUAACGGGCUGUUUUUAACUAGAUAUAUCUUCUAAAAUCAUAAUUAAACCCAUCAUAUCAGGAGUCUCCUCAUUCCUCCCCCCGAGGGCAGGGAUAUCUGCUCUCCCAUUGGAGAACACAGGAAAGGAACCUCUUUGUGAAUUCCGUCUGACUAGGAGAACGGCCCUGUCGCGGAGUGGACUGGCGGUUUGGGUCUGAACUUUAACCCCAGUAGGAAGGAGAGAAAGCCACUUCAGAGAUGGAUCAGGUUUCCGACGACGAGUUGGACCAUGGGGCCGAGGAGGACAGCGAUAAGGAGGACCAGGACCUGGACAAAAUGUUUGGAGCCUGGCUUGGAGAGCUGGACAAGCUUACACAGAGUCUGGAUGACGGCAGGCCUCAGAAGCCUCUGCAGAAGGCUCCUCUCAGGCAGGAGACAAACAUGGCAAACUUCUCCUACCGCUUCUCCAUGUAUAACAUAAACGAGGCGUUGAACCAGGGCGACACAGUGGACCUGGACGCCCUGAUGGCCGACCUGUGCUCCAUCGAACAGGAGCUCAACACCAUUUCCAAACCAAACUCUGCGUCUCGCGGGCAGACCAAAGGCCAGCCUCGAGCCCCCGGAGGGCGGAGUGCCAGCACCAAGCACACGGGCACCAGCGGAGGGGGGAGCAGCGGAGGAAGCACCAGUAGCAGCACCCGUGCGUCGCCGGCCAACACGGUGCGGGGGGGCAGCGUCAACGCCCGCCCCGCCGCCUCCAACAUCUCCCUGGACGACAUCACCUCUCAGCUGGAGAAGGCCUCGCUCAGCAUGGACGAAGCUGCUCGCCAGACCUCUUCUUCCUCCUCCUCCUCCUCUUCUUCUUUCUCCUCCACCACGCUGCGGCGGCCCUCGUCGGGCUCGUCCGGCGGAGGAGGAGGAGGUGGGGGGCAGCACAGGAGGACGGGCUCAGUGGGCGCGGUCAGCGAACAGGAAGCCCCCUCCCAGAGGUCCAGUGUAAACUCGGCGUGCGCCUCGGCCUCCAGCAUGGACUCUCUGGACAUCGAUAAAGUGAUGGCAGGCGGAGAGGCGGAGGGCCCUGGCUCACAGGGGCCAAACCAGAGCAGCACAGAGGAGGAACAAGCUGCCAAACUGAAGGCAGAGAAGAUCCGAGUCGCCCUGGAGAAAAUCAAGGAGGCACAGGUCAAAAAGCUGGUGAUCAGGGUCCACAUGUCGGACGAGAGCUCUAAGACCAUGAUGGUGGACGAGAGGCAGACAGUCAGGCAGGUGCUGGACAGCCUGCUGGAUAAAUCCCACUGUGGAUACAGCCCUGACUGGGCUCUGGUGGAAACCAUCAACGAGCUGCAGAUGGAGCGCAUUUUCGAGGAUCACGAGAACCUGGUGGAGAAUCUUUUGAACUGGACCCGGGACAGCCACAACAAGCUGAUGUUCAUCGAGCGCAUCGAGAAAUACGCUCUCUUCAAGAACCCCCAGAACUACUUGCUGGGGCGGAAGGAGAUAUCAGAAAUGGCUGACCGGAAUAAAGAGGCGUUGUUAGAGGAGUGUUUCUGCGGCGGCUCGGUGUCCGUGCCGGAGAUCGAGGGCAUCCUGUGGCUGAAGGAGGACGGCAAGAAGUCGUGGAAGAAACGUUACUUCCUUCUCAGAGCUUCGGGCAUCUACUACGUCCCCAAAGGCAAAGCCAAGGCGUCCAGAGAUCUGGUGUGCUUCCUGCAGCUGGACCAUGUGAACGUGUAUUACGGCCAGGACUACCGCAGCAAAUACAAGGCGCCGACUGACUACUGCCUGGCCCUGAAGCAUCCACAAAUCCAGAAGAAGUCCCAGUACAUCAAGUAUCUGUGCUGCGAUGACGUCAGGACCCUGCACCAGUGGGUGAAUGGGAUUCGCAUUGCCAAGUACGGCAAGCAGCUAUACGUGAACUACCAGGAAGCCAUGAAGAGGACAGAGGCGGCCUACGAUUGGUCCUCUCUCUCGACCGCCAGCAUCCGAUCAGGCUCCAGCUCCGCCAGCAUACCUGAAUCCCAGUCUAAUCACUCAGGCCACUCGGACAGUGGCGUGGACACGGGCUCGUCUCACGGCCGCUCCCAGAGUGUGGUGAGCUCCAUCUUCUCUGAAGCCUGGAAGAGAGGGACCCAGAUCGAGGAAAGCUCCAGGGCAUCCAGAGGGGCCACCCUGCCGCACGCUUCCCACGGUCACCGGCACCACAGCCAGCACUCGGCUGAUAUCCCCGCCCUGACGCCCUCCCCCCAACCUCAGCUGCAGCAACAGCAUCAGCAGCAGCCUCCGCAGCAGCCUCCGCAGCAGCAGCAGCAGCAGCAGCAGCAACAGCCACAGUUUCCGCCAAACAACAUCCACCACAGCCUCCAACCACAGCACAACUUCCUCCACAGCAACAACAUCAACAACAUAGAAACAACAACCACCAAACAUUUCAGAAACCACACAGUCUUCAACAACACACAGUUUCAACAACAACCACAACUGACCAUUUCUGCAGAGUGCCCCAUGCAGCUGGAGGACUUCCCCAUGGACGCUCACGCCUGCCCGCUAAAGUUCGGCAGCUACCCCAGCGCCACCCCCUACGAGGAGUCUAGGAGGAACCUGCUCAGCAAGUUUGCUCCCCAGAACACUGGCCCUCCUUCCUCCCCCUGCCCCGCCUCCCCCUCCAAGGACCCUUCAUCUGGACCACCUGCUCCCCCGAAACCAGGCAAGCUCAACAUGGCCAACCUGCCCUUGGGGCUGCAGUCCAAAGUGAACCACGUGAAGCAAACGGGCGGGGACUACCCUACCCCCCCGCCUGCCUGCGCCUACUUCCCCCCUCCUCCUCCGCCCUCUGAUCUCUUUCCCCCUCCUCCUCCUCCUCCGCCUCCUCCUCCUCCACCCGGUAGUGACUCCCACAGCGGAGCACCUCCUCGAGUUGCCGUGGUGAACCCCCAGCCCCAGGCCCCGCCUCCUCCUCCGCCUGUGCCUCUUCUCAGCAACUCAACAUGGGGAAAGAGCUCACUGAAAAAGACUCCUCCACCGACACUUGCCCGGCGCAGCAACACGACCCCGGAGCCCCCCAGCCUCUCCUCACCCCCACCCACCUCCCCAAAGGGCGGCUCAGGCCAGCCCAACUUCAUGGACGACCUCCACCGGACGCUGAAGCGAAAGUCGGUGGGACGCCAGGGCUCUCUGAGCUCGGCCGGCCUGAUGGGGAAGGCGGAGCCCGUGGGGACGAUGGACGACAUGGAGCUGCCCCCCCCGCCCCCCGAGCUGCUCCUGGACCAAGGCAAGCAGAGCAACGGAGGAAACGGGGGCUACAUGUCCGGAAACAUCUCAGGCUAUGCAACGCUACGACGAGGACCCCCACCUGCGCCACCCAAACGGGGGGACAUGACCAAACUUACUUGAGAGAGUUGGACUUGGAGAUCAGGACAAUAAAGAGAUGGAUGAAUAGACAAUGAGAGAUGAAUAUGGAAGCUCCUGCAUUGCUCUUGGAUCACGGUGAUAAAUUGAUUACUGUAAAUACUGAAACCCAAACCAGACCAUGGUCCAUUAGUGUUUAUGUUUGGCAAUCUGGAUGGGUGGGGUUUACAUGUAAAACUAGAGCAGGCAAGUUUGACAUCGCUGAAAAGUAACUGUUAUUUUUCUGCGAUUAGUCUAAACUCUCUGGAAGACAUUGUUUGGGAAACCCCGCCUAUCUUGUACCCCAAGCAGAUUCAAACACUAAUAAGAAUUGUGCAAAUAUUACUGGAACCAUGUCUGAGCCAAACCAUGUUAUCCGCUUCUUUGCCAUACGGUUGUGCCGCGUAAAAAAAAAAAAAGUUUCUGCUCGGUACUGCAUGGACUCCAUGUGAGAACAAGCGGUAAAAAAAACACGAGGCUGUUCUGGUGUGUGUGCAUGAGUGAGAGCGAGAAACUGGACACGCAUACAUGCAUCGUGUGCAUGCACGGUGUACGGCGGGGAAGUAGUUAGUGGCGGCCUCGUGGAGCAGGGACGGUCUGCUUUUAUAUAAAAUUAUUUAAUGAUCGAUAAAUGGAAGGAUUUUUUUUUGUUAAUAUAAGUCUGUCUUUCAAUAGCUGGUCAGCAAAGUCUAGAGAGAAACAAAGGAAUGUAUAUGGGAAGGUGUGUGUAAACAUAAGGUCAACAAGGCAGUAAUAUAUACAUUUCUAGACUGUGUUCAGAAGGAGCCUUAUCCCCAAAGUCUUGCACAGAGGUCAAAGCAGAAAGGAGAUUUCUUCCAAAGGUUCAGCAGAGUCUGGACUGUGCAACCGGAAAGAAACAAAUAAACUGCUUUUUUUUAUUUAACAAAGGAGGUGGGGGCGGGCUGUGGUGGUGUAUCUUCGUCGACCGUGUCCCGUGUUCGUUGGCUUGAUUUCGGACCGUAUCCUUCAGUUUCUGUACAGUUGAAGCUGCUACUCCGUUAGUCUCCGCCCUCUUCUACAGGCAACAGGACGUAGAAUGUACAGGUUGGAUUCAGACCAUGUGAAGUAUAUACACACCCAGUUGAAAAAAAAAAAUGUGUCUGGUUAAUGUACAGAGCGUUAAAUCAUGAUAACAGAAAUCAUCUGAGCGCCAUAGCACUGAAUGUCGCUCUGUCUCGUGUCUUCAUGGUGCCGGUGAUGCGCGGGGACUAAAGGCCUACAGAGUGGAUAUUAAAGGGUUUACAUUUCUUGCAGCAAUGCCUUUUCAGGGUGCUUGUGCUGUGUUUCAAGGAACUCAUCAUCAACUCGUCCCUGUGUGCCAGCAUGACAUAUCAUUAAUAUUUCAGACUGUUUAAACUGGUUUUGAAUUGGCUCUAGUGUGGAAACGUGUGCUUGGAGUGAUUUCCACACAAGGCCCUUUUUUAUCAUGCUAUUAUUUUGUCCUGCAAAUCAUUUCUUAUAACUGCGUAUCAUUGUCUUUUAAGCAGGAUGUGUGCUACAGUACAGUAUGUAAGUUAUUGAUGUACUGUUGAUGUGGGGCCAAGUGAAAUGAAGAAAAACGGUUGCAGAUGUGAUCGUCUUGCAUAUAAACUGAAAAUCACAAUAUAAAUGUUCAAACCAGACCUCAA